AGACAGACAGCAGCUCUUGAAUCUUGUGUUGGUGGUUAAGAUCGUGAUCGCUUCAUCCAUCCAUCCAUCACCAACCAACCAACCCGACACAUUCCCUCCACUCCCAACACAUCCAACCCAUCUUCUAUCAUCUUCAAAAUGGCCGCUCGGGGAAUUCAGAUCGGUCUGCGGAUCUGGGAGUUCCUCUUCACCCUCCUCGUCAUGGCCCUCAUCGGCAACAUGAUCGCCGACGCCUUCGCCGGCAACCCCUCAACGGUGAACUACGCCAUGUUCGUCUCGGCCUUCUCCAUGUUCACGCUCUUCUACCUGGUCCCGGCCUCCAUCAACCCCGACUGGGCCAUCCACCCCAUCUUCGUCGUCGUCAUCGACACCCUCAACGCCAUCUUCUUCCUCACCGCCGGUAUCGCCCUCGCCGCGAAGCUGGAGAGUCAUAGUUGUGGGAAUUCGCUCUACACCCUCCACAACGAAAUCACCAACGGCGCCUAUAACCGCCAGAAGCGCUGCCGGGAGGCCCAGGCCUCCACGGCCUUCCUCUGGUUCGCCUGGGCCGGAUAUACCGCCUCCAUGGUCCUCUCGAUCAUCCUGUCCAGGCAGACGGGCGUCAACCUGCGUGGACGCACCGGUCCGGCGCGGGGCGUUACCCGGCCUAGUAUGGCUCAGGUCUAAGCCUACCUACUAUUUCAUCUAUCUGUGUGCACCGCGAUUUUAAUUGAAGGGAGGGAAUGUGAUGGUUGUACGAAUGACUGGGAUCUUGCGGCACUUAUUAUUAUUAUUAUUAUAAUCAAAAGGAAAUGCGCGAUGGUGGUUGCGU